UACUACUACUACUACUACUACUACUACUACUACUACCACCACUACCACCAAUACUGCUGCUAUAAUUAUAUCUACUUACACAGCUACUAUUACUAUCACUCCCAUACCACCUUAAGCAGCACCACACUUUACCUAACGAGCAGCGAGUUACACCACCAUCACCACCACCGUCAGCCGGGGUCACGCCAGCCAUCACGCGAGGUCAGAGGUCACAGUGCAAAGGUCUCGGAUAGGUCACGGGCCGCGACCUCCACCACCACCAUCACCAUCAUCACCACCACUGCCACCACGUCCGGCCCACGGACCACACCCUCUCACGUGGCGGGGAUGCGGCAGGGUGGGCAGGGGCGAGGCACGUCUGGGAUAAACAACGACGACAAGAAGAGGCGGCACGGGAGGGCGAGACAGGCCGGGUGGGGAGUCGAGAUGCAGCCCAGCACGACCCACUCCCAGUCCCAGUUCAGCUCAGUUGGUUCUGGCAAGUGGGAGGGGUAGGACGUGCCGCUCCGCCACCCUUAUCCACCUGUGUGUUCGUGCCCUCGUAUCUCACCGCCCUGAACAACAUCCAGCCCGAGGCCUCUCCCGCAGUUACUCUCACGCCCCAGGACACCGAGGAUGCGGGAGAAAUAAUCGGGGAAGCCUCCACUUACGUGUGAGAAAUAGGAAAAAAAAACUCUUGUAUAUUUUUUCCCCUAUGGUGAAUAUGAACAGCUGGGUGAGGUGUGGUGUGGAGGAGGUGGUGGCGGAGAGUGGAGGGAUGCUGUGAGGUUCCGGGGCGGCCACAGUAGGCACAGCUUCUACAGGCACAGCACACACACCCCCAGGAGGGCACCGAGACAGCGUGUGUGUGUCUGUGUGUGUGUAUGACAGUGCCUGCCUCAGACAACGGUUGUGUUCAAUACUUUGACACAAGCUAAGGGCGUGAGGAGGCAUGCGCUGACGGCCGACAUGACCUGCUGACGUCGAAGAGAUAAAGAGAGUGAGCGACAGUGACCUAGGAAUGACCCGGGGGAAGUAACCUGCCCGCGGCCACUACAGGAGAGGGAGGACCCCAGCCAUCCUGCCAUGUCAUCCCUCCCCCUCCGUAGUUGUCACACCACCGACAACCCACAAUGCGGCACUUCUGAGGGAUUGACGAAGGCGCCGCCCGUCAGGAUGCUGGGUGCAGGUCCCCCAAGGGCGCGCCGGAGCCUCCUGCAGCGCUCAGACACGGCGCCGGAGGAAUGGGAGCUGGAGAGGAGACUAGAGGCGGAGUGGAGGAGGAGGACACUUGCCCGAGCAGCCUCCGUGGACCGCCCUGCCUCCCGCCGCCCCGCCUCGCACCUCCUACACCCUCCCCGCCGCCUUCCCCGGUAUCUCGGCCGUUAUGGGGGCAAGCGACUUUUUGCCUUCAAGAUCUACCAUCAGCAUCCCUGCCUCGUGUUCAGCCUCGUGUCCGCCCACUGUUCCCGCGACGCCCACUCGUUCACCCCGCCCACCCCUCCGCCCAACCAUGGGAGCCCCAAUGGCACCCCCGCCACCCCCACCCGUCUCAACACACACCAACGACCACCCUCACAUGGGCAGUAUGAGCGGGUUGGGCGGGAGCAUGGUGGGCGGGCUGGGCGGGCUGGGCGGGGGUGGGUUCCAGUGUGAGUGUCUAGAGGACCGCCCCAUGAGCAGGUGGGAGCCGGGCGUGUUCGACAUGUGGUGUAGCUCCUGUACCAAGAAGCGCCGGGAGUCCUCCAUGUGGAGUUCCCUCGACCUCAGCUUGCCGCCGCACCAGCUCUCUUCCAGCGCCCUCCUCCCCGAUACCCCGGAUACUGAGGGCAUAGGAGGGCUGGGAGGCCUGGGUGGACUCGACGCCAGUGGGGAUCUUGUGAGGACCCGACAGCCGCCCCCUCCUUCCUUCUGGGACUGUCUCGUCUCCUGCCACGACCGUCUUGGGCAGCGCCUGGCACGGAAAAGGGUGGAGCAAGGGGUGCGCCUGUACAACCAGCAGAAGCACAUGGCAGCCGUGAAGAAGUGGAAGCAGGCGUUGCGACGCAUCAACAAAGACAAUGAUCGCUUCAUUACCCUUGGUUACCUGAGCCAGGCACACCUUGACUGGGGCCGCUAUAGGGAAAUGUUGGACUUCGGGUUCCAGCAGCUGGAUAUUGCCAACGAGAUGGACUCACCCAUGCUGAGGGCCGAGGCGUACCUUACCAUCGCGCGGGCCAACGAGCGACUGGGUAACCUGGAGAAAGCUGUGUCCUACUGCCGCCACUCACUUUACAACCAGUGUGACCAGUCCCGCACCACUGGCUACGUGCAACUCACCCUCGGCAACACCUACGUCACCUACUCCAGCUUCAGCAAGGCCAUCGAGCACUACGAGCUGGCCCUCAAGGUGUCCAGGAGCAUCCACGACACCGCACUCGAACUGCAGGUGUACUGCGGCCUCGGCCAUACCUUCUGUCUCCUUCAAGACUACGAAAAGUCGCUCUCGUUCAGCGCCAAAGCUUUCGAGCUUUCUAAAACCUUCCACAUCCUUGACCUCAACUCUAAGUACCAGAGGCUGUCGUUAGUGACGCUGGCCACUCCGCUCAGGAAGCUGGGCCGCCUGCCAGAGGCGCGGGACUGCUGCCAGGACGCACUCAAGCUGGCCCUGACAGCUGGGGACCGGCCCACCCACGCCCGCUGCCUGGCCAUCCUCGCAGACAUCCACCGCCAGUGUCUGGACGUGCAACGGGCCUACAAGCGUUAUGAGGCAAGCAUGCAGAUGAUGGUACACAUGGAGGACCGCUAUGGCCAGCUCAUUGCCAUCAAUGGCAUGGCCAAGACACUGGGUCUGAUGCGGCGCCAGUCUAAAAUCUGUGACUGCCGGCCGCUGGAGAUCAACAAUAAAGUGAUUGAUCUUGCCUCCUCCCUGGGCUGCAAGCUCAUCAUGCGGUCAGCCCACCUUCGCCUGGCAGAGCUGUAUCGCAUCCUCAAUGAUGAGCAAAAUGAUGGCCUGCAGGAACGCCUGGCAGCAUGCCUGGCUGAGGAAAUGGAGCUGAUAUGUGGGGUGUGCCAGGAAAGAUAUGGAGACCAGGGUGGCAACUCUCUUGAGGCUCUGCCCUGCUCCCACAUCUUCCACUCCAAGUGUGUGAGGGACCUCAUGGCAUCAAGUGACCGCAAGAAGAAAAAACGCAUCUGCCCAGACUGCCGCAAAUCGCUCAACUCCCGCCUCAUGCUUAUUUGCUAUGACGAAUUAAAGUCAGCUUGCAAUGAUGGCCGUGUGCCCUCCUUCCCCCGCUAUCACCCCUCUCCCUGCUCAGAUGACCAGCCCCUCUGAUACUCAACCAUCCAAUCCCCAUCAUCACUAAAGGAAGAUCUCUGCUUCUGGCUAUUCUGCUGCACAUAAUCCUGGCAAGAGUGGAGGCUGGGUGGCUGUGGCUGGGACUGUGGCCUCAGUGUACUGGCAGGGGCAGCCAAAUAUGUCCUAGGAAGGUUCAGAGAUCAAGUCUACAAGAUUCCUGAAACUUUCCUCUGACAAUCAACACAGAAUAGAAACACUGUGUGAGGAAGCUUGGAGUAAUAAUGUUGCCUGCCAACACUUCUGCCACCACUUAGGUUGUGUCACUGACUCAAGACAGCAUGAAAGAAAAAUGCAUCUCAGUCUUGUCUCUGGUUAUUGUGCUCAUGUUGAACUGCAUCUCACUUAAGAGAGAGACUGAUGGGAGGUUCACCUCAUCAUCUCUUAACUGCCAGACAUCAUAGCUUAGAGCAGUCUUUUGGGAGCCAGACUGAAUAAACUCUUAUACAGUGUUGACAUUCUUGUUGCAUAUUAUUAAGGAGAUUUAGAUGUGUAUAAAUAAACUCAUAACUUUCUCCUUAUUGAGUGGAAAAACUGUGGUAUAUUUUCACACUGACUAACCUGGAAAAAACUCACAGCUUCAUGCAAAUACAAGGUGAUGCAAACUGACAGUGCUACCCCAUGAUCUGAAUUGUUACUGUUACAUAAUUUUUUCCUACUGUGGGUACUGUCAAGUGGCAAUAUAUAUUUGGUAAGAGCCUUGACAAUCACUAAAUGGAGUAGUUUUACCAAGAUACAAGUAUGAGAACGUGUUGCUCUAAUGGAGACUGUUCUUGCCCUGUUCUGUUUGGGGUAAAGGCCACAACAAAACAUGGAAAAAUACUGAUCUUCCAAUUGGCCAAAAUGGAAUCCAAGUGUCAAGUGAUGCAUGUCUGAGUCUGUAUUUCUCACUUACAGGACUUACCAAGACUCUGAGAUGGAAUUUUAGGAAACCAACUUUAAAUAUUAUGGGAAACAUGUUAAUUACUUCCUAUAGUCUCUCUUAUUUUGGGAUAAUCUGAUUAAAUAUGAAUUAUGGUGAGGAAUCAAAUCCUGUAUAUAUUUUUUCUCAGUAGAAGGUAGCUUCUUUGUGGUGAGGGAGAUGAUAAGGGUUGUGCAUGGAAGGUGAGCCCCUAAGAGAGAGAGAGAGAGAGAGAGAGAGAGAGAGAGAGAGAGAGAGAGAGAGAGAGAGAGAGAGAGUCUUUUCUUAACUCCAUGUUUACCUUUUUCUGCGUGUCAAUCAUGGCUGUUAUGCCUUUUUGGAGUUAGUUAUCUCAAAUGACAUCUUGUUACUGCUGCUACUGUUAAAAAAAAUAUGGUCUAUGUCAGUCUGUGUGUAUGAAGUAUUAUAUGCAAGGGAAGGAGGGACUGUUCCUGCAGUGACUCUGCUGUUAUGGGUAUCUUAUUUUCCAGCAGUAAUGAUAGGGUUGUUUGUUCCUAUGAAAUUAUUGUAUUUAUCUAAUUUGUAAGCUAUACAGGCAAAUCCAGGUCAGAUCCAUUAUAUAUGAUAAUCUGCUUUAGUCAAAGAAAAUAUGCAUAAUGGAGUAGGUAAUUAUGUAAUAUGUAAGCUGAAGUAUAAUGUAUUUGUGUUAUACGUGCUUUACAAGGGCAGUUGUUGUGGACAGGCAGAUGUUGAGACAAAUCAAGUGCAGAAAAAGCAUUAAGGCAAGGCAUAAUUUCCCACUAUAGACACACUGUAUGAUGAAUGUUGGAAGAGCAUAUCUAUUCUUGUAUUUUCUUAUCGGCAGCGUGUUGAAUGCCUACCGUGUAAUUACUUUACAGAGAGACUAUGUACUUCCAUGGCACAGCUUAACUUGCUUAAACACCAAAAAAAAAAAAAAAAAAAUGUACCUUCUAUUUGAACACUUCCUGUGCUGAUGGUACCAACUCAACACUUGGCUUGACAGGACAGCAAUUCCCUGCAAGCAGACUUGGUGGCAUUGCAAGCAAGCUAUGCACUUCCUGAUGUGUGCUAUCAACUCUCAUAACACCCAUGUGACUGAAGACCAUACUAGAAUGUGUAUCAAAAUAUGCAAAUGGAAGAGUACAUGUGUUGUAAAUGUACUUGAUCAGAUGGAAAAGACAGAAGGCCUCAGCAAGGUAUGACCAAGACAGGUGCACCAAUUAUGUGUAAUGUGUAUGAGACAACCUGCAAGAAAGCUCCUUUGGCAUGACUUGGUGCACAGCAUACUUCAGUGCACUCUCUAUGCAAACAACCUUGAGUAACCUGGUGCUUAUCCUCUCCUUGUCUGCUCUGUGCCAUGACAUAUACAGCAACACUCACAACCGCACAACACAAGCAGUGAGAGGUGUAGCAUCUGUAUAUUAGGACAUAAUGUAAUAUCCUUAAGAACUGUAUGAGUGAUUCCUGAGAGAAACUUUCCCUGAAUUUAUCUAGGGGUAGUAGUCCCCAUGCAGGAGUUGGGGGGGGCAGGAGUGUGUUGGGCAGCCCCUGGCAGGGUGUAUGGUGCUGCAGGGGCUACCCUGUGAUGCGUGAGGGACAGGCCACAUGGGUCCUACUUUGUAUCGAAUCCAAAGUGCCAACAAACUCAAAAUUCCUGUAAAGGAUGUUGUGGCAGCUACUAUAAUAUUUAAGACAUGCCAGAAACGUGAAAGAAGCAUAUUUUUUCUAAGCUGUGUUGUGUAACACUGGAGAGCACUAGUGUGUGCAUGCUUGGUCUGAGCUUGACUCCUGAUAAGUGGGUGAGCCCUCAAGAUUAGAGGUAAUAAGAUAAAGUAAUAUUUUAACAAGUUUUAUAUAUAUGGUAUACAUAUAAAUGGUUGCUAUGAAGCCUUGGUAAUCAUUCCAAUGUGCUCAAGAUGCUGUGUUCAGCACUUUUGUAACAGUAGCUGAAGAACUUUGAAAUACCUCAUGGUAUGUAUAUCCCCCUCUCUAAUACUGAUUUGUGAUCAUAAUAUAUCAAAAAUACUUUAUAUGCACUAUCUACGUAUCAGCAAUACUACUGAACUGAGAUUAUUGAUAGAGGUUAUCCACUAUCUUUUGGUCUCUACUAUUAAUAUUCAUUUUACUUAAUAUUAGCUCAAGUUAAGUAGAUUACAAUCACGCUUUGUUACUCCUUCGCUUCAGCUGUGCUCGGUAUACUCUCCUGCUGACUGCUGAUCUGCUGAUUUCUAGAUUACUUGUAGGGCCUUCAGUCACAUAUGAUUUCUCAAGGUGUGCGAGUUAACUGUGUCACGAGCAAAUGAUCCAUUUCCAUGGUUUCACUGUAUGACUGUAACCUUUAUAAUAUAUGUAUGUUUUCCACUGGCCUCCUCUGCCACUCCUUGUACACUGAUGGUGGGUGUGAGGGAGGCUGAGCCCAGAGGUGAUGUGAGGGGAUGUGGGGCAUGGUGGAGCAGGAUGUGCAUGACUCUCUGGAUGCAAGGGAACCAUUCUUGUCCUGUGGCUGAAAUGAUGCUUCAGCCAAAUGUGACAUCCACUUCAGCCAAAAUGUUGAAUAAUUCCAAAUGCAAUGUUAUUUGGAAAUGGAAAGUGAAAAAUUUGGCUUGCUCAAAUAUCACAAACACUACAGCUUCACCUAUUGGUAUAAAUAAUUUAAUAUUUCACAGUUAAAAUAUUAAAUAAGGCAAUGUUAUAACUGUCAACAUUUUUCAAUUAAAUAAAAAGUGAUGUUAAAUUUUUCAAGUUCAUGUAUUCUUCAGUCUUCACAUCUUUACUGAAAUCUGGCAAACAACUAGUGAAUCUGUAAAUUAUUUGUCCUUCCCCACUCCCUCCUGGGUCACCCCAAGCUGUGCAGAGAGACAAUCAAACACAGGUGUGUGGUGGAGCUUAGGAGAGAGAGAGAGAGAGAGAGAGAGAGAGAGAGAGAGAGAGAGAGAGAGAGAGAGAGAGAGAGAGAGAGAGAGAGAGAGAGAGAGAGAGAGAGAGAGAGAGAGAGAGAGAUGGGGAGGGGAGGUACAAAGCCUUCCUCUCUUGGCAAGUAAUAUCAAGUGUCAUGCUCUGCUAGUGUCAUAAGGGUAUGUCUGUGGGUGCUGGUAGGCCAAGCUAAGUGCACCUUCCUUUGGCAGCUUUAUGCAGUCUUGCAGAUUUGUCAGGAUUAGGUCUUCGGCUCUGCCAGCUUAUCCUACAUACUAAGAUUCAUCUUGAAAAAAGAAAAGGAAAAAAAAGAAAGAAAAGAAAAAAAAAAGAAAAAAAGCUUUCUAGUUUUUUUCAGGAGUAUCCCUGAAUGUUAUGUGCACAUUUAAUAAUCUGUAAAGGUUAAUCUUGUAUUCUCCAGCCUUCAUAUGUUCUAGAGUGUAGCUUUAUAAAUAAUUAAACAUUUUAUUUGCUUUUGCAUUGC